AUGAUCCCGACGCUCCUCCAUGACCUCCUCCUCUUCCUCGGGAACAUGCUGCGUGGGGCGGCAGACCAAUUCGGCCGCAUGCUAGGCAGCGCACCCGCGACCCUGCGCGAGGACGACGAGCCCAUCGCGCCGAUCGACGACUGGGUCAAGGACGUGGCGCAGCAGGUCAUCGAGCACUGCAACAGCGAUUCUCUGCUCAAAGCGUGUACUGAUCUGGCGGCCGUCGACUCGGGCAUCGCGCGGCAGUGUCUCGUCGUCGGCCUCGCCGAGAUCUUGCAGGCGACGCCGCACGACGCCACCGCGAUCGUCAACGUCAUCGCGGCCGCACCCGUGCUGCACGGGCAAGUCUUGAUCGAGUCGUUCCUCCGCGCGGCCCGCGUGGUGGAUCUGGGGCAGUCCCAGUCGUGGCGACUCCUCAUGGAGCACGCGCUUCGGUGCAAGAUGCCGUAUUCGGUGCUCCAGAGCAUUCAGCGUGCGGGCGCUGGCGACUUCAAGCAGCUCGAGAUGGCCGCUUACCACUCGAUCGGCGACACCGCCAGCAUCACCAACGCGUACUGGGCCGCGACGCCGCCGCCGCAACUUGGUGACUACGCCAAGGUCGUGGCCGACUUGAGCCAGUGGUCGCUGCUCGACCCGCCGAAAGCGACGAUCGACUGCUUGGUCGCGCUGGAAGCCGGUGACCACACUCGCGUGGCGUCGCUGGCCAAACUGCGCAUCGUACAAGACGCCGUGCCCGAGCCAACGCUCGCGGUGACCAAGGCGGAGCUUGGCCGGCAAGAUCUCGUCAAGAUCGCAGAUGUCAGCGCCGAUCUUCAGGUCGCGUCCAUGUGCAUCAAUUGUAGACGACUCACCCCAAGGAUCCAAGGGGACGGGUGGGCGCUCGUCGAGCGUUGGAAGGAGGGUCACAAGCAGCAUUGCGCCGAGCCCCGCGCUCUGCUGCGGUGCCUCGAGGUCGAGCAGCGGCUUCUGACCAUGAUCGGAGCCUCUUUGGAGAAUCGCGCGGCGUGGUUUGUCAAGCGCGUCGCCGUCGCGCAGCAGGUUUCUGCUCCGCACGUCGUCGCCGGCGUUUUCGCGGAGCUCGAGACGACGCUGCAGCUGCUGCCAGAUGCGUCGGCGGUGCGGCGGCUCACAAAUCUCGUGCAGCACGGCUUGGCGGAAGACGAUCUUCUCUCGACCGUCGACUGGACCGGGCAGCCAGGCGCCAGCGGCUGGACAGCGUUCCAAGCCGACGCCAACAUGUCUCUGUGGGACCUGGCGUGGAGCCAGCUCGAGAACCCGACGGACAAGCGCGCGGGCAAGGUCUUUUUGGCGCUCGCCAAGGCGUGGGACAAGCAAGGAGCGCCGGAACUGGUCGUGCGAGCGCUCGAGAUGUGCACCGGGGCGCCCGCCCUCGACUUUCUCGGGCUGUGGUUUCAGCACCACGACGACAAGGGCGUGGCAAGCGUCCUGCGUGGGCUCCUUCUCGCGGACACUAGCACCCGCGUGCCGACGGUGGUUUUGGUGCCGCACGUGCACGCAGUCGUGGCUCAGUUUUUGGCCGCGUUCAAGCGCAACGACAAGGCUCACUACAGCUUGCUCGGCGACGUGCUUGUCCGCAUGUGCGUCGACCACCCGUACCACGUGGCACACAUCAUCGCGCAGCGGCUUUUUGAAAAGUCCUGGGUCUCGGACGUCUUCUUUGAGAAUCCCUGGGACUUUGUCGGUCGGCGCAUCCGGCAGCAAUCGAUGCACGCGGCGCGACUCUUUGGCGCAGCUUGCAAGCUGACCGAGAUGUACUUUGACAUUGCCGCAAUCAGCGUCGAUGUGGCCGUCGAAGUCGCCGAGUUUUCUGCCUUUGCUGCGCUCAAACGAUGCCACCCGGACGCGUGCGGCACGUGGCUCAUGGACGAGCGCCCCGUCGUCUGGACGGCCAAGAUUUCUCUCCAAAGCGACUGUCAGUACGACACGAGCCAGAUUCCGUGUGUUCACAACUUUGAGCCAACGUUUACGACAACCGUUUUCGGUCGCUCGGCGCCCAAGAUUGUCAAGUGCAUUGGGACGGACGGCAAGACGUACAAGCAAGUCGUCAAGCACGGCAACGUCCUCCCCGACAUUGCUGUCCAGGAGUUCAUGAAGCUCUUCAAUGCGUCGCUGCCGCGCGCCACCAAGUUUGCUGGCGUCGCUACCACCUACAUCGUCAAUGGGAUCGCAGAUCGUGCCGGCGUGCUGGAAUUCGUCGAUAACAUGGAGCCGCUGGUGACGCCUAUCUGCGCGAUCGAGGCGCCGUAUGUGAACCGCGAAUGGCAGACUCGUUGGGCCGGCGCGGACGCCAAGGUUCGCGUCAAGAUGCUGGCCGACGGUCCCAUCGUGCUCCCGCAGUGGUUCCUAACGACGUUCCCGGACCCGUAUGCGUGGUACCAAAGCCGCCUCAACUACACGCGGACGCUAGCGUCGUCGUCCAUGCUUGGCGCGAUCAUUGAACUCGGUGACCGCAACGCCGCCAAUUUCCUCCUCGACACGACGAACGGUGGCGUCAUCCAAAUCGAUUUCGGAAUAGUAUUUCACUACGACUUCGACGCCGCGACGGAGCGCAUUGACGCCGUGCCAUUUCGCCUCACGCGCAACCUCGUUGCCGCGCUUGGGCCGAGCGGCACGGGCGGCUUCUUUGCAUUGGCGUGCGCCGAGACGCUCGAGGUUGUGCGCCAGCACCACGUGACGAUGCAGCGCCUCCUCGCGAGUGACCCGGCCGUCGCGCCACACAGCGUGUCAUGCGUGGAAACCAGCUUGAACGCAUUCAUGCCGCAUCGCGACGUGCCGAUCUCGAUGACGAUGAUCGACGACCUCAUCGCGGCGGCCACAGACCCGCAGUCCCUGGCGCAGAUGCCGAUCGAAUGUGCUCCGUGGUUUUAGCUAGCGUAUUUUCUGAAAUGCAUACCUGUCCGAUG